UAGAAAAAGUGGGUGGCGAAGCCAAGUGGUAUUUAAAACGGAAUAUUAUUGUGGCCCAAAACGUGGACAUCAGAAUCUCUGGCUUCAAUCAUCAACAUGUUCAACUUCGGCUUCAACCGAUCAGUUUCCCUCACCGUCUUCUCCGCUUUCCUCUUUCUUUCUGCCACCUUCCUCCUCAACUGGCGCCUCGACCUGUCUAAAAUCACAAGCUUGUCUUUUCUCACGAACCAAAAGACCUCUCCGCGACUCAACUGUUUCAAUGAAGAUUUGUCGUCUCCGUCUCCGUCUCCGUCUCCGUCGCCAUGGCCGUCCCCGUCCCCAUCAGCAUCACCAUCUUUGUCUGAGUCCUUGACAUGCCCCGAGUACUUCCGAUGGAUCCACGAGGACUUGAAGCCGUGGAAGAGGACAGGGAUCACAAGGGACAUGGUGGAAUUAGGGAAGAGCCUGGCAGACUUUAGGCUGGUGAUUCACAAGGGAAAAGCCUACGUGGAGACUUACAGAAGGUCGUUCCAAACAAGGGACGUGUUCACGUUAUGGGGAAUAUCACAGCUCCUGAAGAUGUACCCCGGCAAGGUUCCAGAUCUGGAGCUCUUGUUUCACUGCGGGGAUCUGAGUAAGGUCAAUAAAAGAGACUAUCUGGGAUCACAUCCGAGAAUGCCAACACUGGUGCCACCUCCAUUGUUUCAUUAUUGUGGGGAUGACACAACCUUUGACAUCGUGUUUCCCGACUGGAGCUUCUGGGGUUGGGGUGAGCUCAACAUUAGACCGUGGGAGACACUGCUAAAGGAUAUAGAAGAAGGGAACCGGAAGAUGAAAUGGAAGGAUAGGAUACCUUACGCUUUUUGGAAGGGUAACCCUACUACGUCUCCUAUAAGGAAUAAACUCCUCAAGUGCAAUGCUUCACAUCAGCAUGAUGCGUAUGCUCAUAUAUAUUCCCUGAGUUGGGAUAAGGAGAUCCAACAAAAUUUCAAGAAUACAAAGCUAGAAAAUCAAUGCACUCACAGGUACAAUAUUUAUGCGGAGGGAAGGACAUGGUCGGUGAGUGAAAAGUACAUACUAGCGUGUGACUCCAUGACCAUGUUCAUAGAACCCAAGAACUAUGAUUUCUAUACAAGAAGUUUGGUACCUAUGCAACACUAUUGGCCCAUCAGGCCCAAAAAGAUAUGCAAUGACAUAAAGUUUGCAGUUGAAUGGGGAAAUUCCCACCAUAAUCAGGCACAAAAAAUAGGGAGAGAAGGAACAAAAUUCCUGCAAGAGCAAGUGAAAAUGAAGUACGUGUAUGACUACAUGCUUCAUGUUCUCAGAGAAUACGCAAGUCUAAUGAAAUUCAAGCCAGUGAUACCAGUAGGAGCUAGCGAGAUUUGUUCAGAAGUGAAUGAUUGUCACAUGGAAGGUGCGUGGAAGGAGUUUUUGAAUGAGUCGAAGGUCGAGUCGCCGAGUUCAGAACCUCCUUGCGAAUUGCCUUCUCCUUAUGAAACUCGAGACCUCCAACAAAUUCUAGGUAGAAAGAAUGGUCUGAUCCAGCAAGCUGGAUCCAAGCGAAGACAAACUUGGCUGGACGUUUGUUUCAAUUCUUAGACAAGAUUCGUAGUUUUUAGGCUUUUUUUAAUUUCACGACCGACUUUACAUUCCUCGCACAUAGUCGUCAUAGGUGCCUUCAUGUAAUUAUUCAAAUUUAUUUUUCAAAAGAUGGAAAAAAAAAAAGAGCAGCUUUCAUGUAAGCCAAUAAAUGAGAAAACUUUAUAUUGAUCUU